AUGUUCGUAACAGCAAGAGCUCGGGCUGCAACAUCGAUAUGCAGGAAGCGAAUUGCAGAAGGCAUAAGAACACGAACAACUGUUUCUAUGAAUCAGGAUAUUGGUGAAGCAGUUGGACCUUCGUUAUUAAUUACAAAUUCAUUGGGAUCUUACGAUUUAAAAUGGCCACUAGAUUCUUUCAAUAAGUCGCAUCAUUCUCAAAUGAGCUACUUGGAAUUAAGCCUUUUCAAAAAACAUACUAAGCGUUUACAAGUCGACCAGCAGAAAAAUAUUUACGACGUCAUCGACAGUAUUGAAUGGAACUAUUUGGUAACAGAAGCACAUCUCGAGAAGGCACUGAAUAUGCUGAAUGAUUUUAAGUGCAAUGUCAAGGGAUUGGUUGAUUCAGAAAUUGCUGUUCUUAUAAGUGCAACUGGAUGUCGAUGUCAAAUGUUAUCCGCAGCGCAACGAAACGAAUAUACUAGUCGUUUACUUCAUGUUCUUAAAAUGAAAGGUGUUGUGCUAGGCAUUACUGCUCGAAAUGCUCUACUUGCUGCUCAGGUUGAUAACCAAGUAGAUGUCGGUGUAGUGGAAACAUUGAAACAGUUUGAAUCAGAUAGGCUUGUUCCUAACGCUCAAACAUACGUCCAGCUUUCACGAAUUUAUGCGCUAAAGGCCAAUUUAAAAGGAAUAAUUGAAAUAAUUAAACAUGCCAGAAAUGUUGGAGUGGAACUGCCGAGUCAGGUUCUUGAAUCUGUGGUUUAUAGUUUGGCAAGAUUAGGACAGAAUGAGAAAGCGAAGUUAGUUAUUGAACAUGUUUCAAGUAGUAUGUCUUCGACAGAUAGCCUGAAGAUGGCUUAUACAUUGGCGAAAGCCGAACAAUUUGAUGGUGGGGAUGUUCUAGAGUUUCUUGAUGAAAUUGCGGAUAUUAAUACCUUCAUGGAGAAGCAUCAGAUUUCAAUAUAUGAAUUAUUGUUUUCUCUUGUUAGAAAAGGGAACUUGGAUGCAAUUGCAAAGCUAACAAGCAUUCUGGCGUCCUUAUCCGAAAGUAUGAACAAGCAAUGCGAGUCUAUCGUUUGCAGUAGAAUUCGCAAAUUGUUAAGUAAGGAAGAAAAAAAUAUUCCGGCAGCUGCGACAUUGCUUAAUCUUAUUCCAAGCGCUGAAAAGCGGUCAAAGUUUCAAGCUAUCUUAGCGCGGCAAUUCUUAUCAGUUAUUCAAAAGAAGACGAUUUUAGAAGCUGUAAAAGUGUGCACAGUCUUCCAGAAAUGCAAUAUUAUGAAGCAUCCACUUCGUAUCUAUUUACAUGAUGUAGCUUUAAAUAAUCCCAAGAACUUUCACGACCUCUUUGCAAUUUAUAAGCGAACCGAUGAUUUUGUGGAGCUGCAGAAUCGCCCCCAUUUGCAACUUCCUAUUGCAGUGCUACAUUUCAGUGAGUUAAUGAAGGCUGAUACAAGAGAGAAGAAAAUUGAGCAUUUGCUAGAGAUUGCACGUUCUCUUCAGAGGACUGGAAUUGCAUCUUGCGGUAACAAAUAUUUUGCAAAUAUGAAAAAGUUGUUUAUUGUUCCACUUUUGAAAGAUAUGAAUGUUCUGCCGCAGUUGGUAAGAAAAAUUGAAAGUGAGAGUUCCCUGCAGUGCUUCAUAGUUGACAUUCUCGUUACUCAUCUAUUGGCAACGAAACAGAUGCAGAAACUCCAACUAUUAUUACAGGGGGCUUUGAAGAAUUCCUCAGCAGGAGAGGCAUAUCCAUACCGAGAAGUGAAGAAUCUCAUUCUUAACACAACAGUUUACGACAAAAGCUUUAUUUCAGCUUGCUGUCUUUUGCGGUUGCUUUUUCCAUUGUCUGGUGUAAACAAUCGUCAAUAUAGAAAGGGAGUGAAAAUAAUCAGAGCAGCAAUUGUUGCUGGUGAUUUGAAAAAAGUCAAAAUGAUGUGUGGAAUAUGGUCUACUGAUAAACGAAUUGUUCUUCGGAAAACCGAUAAGGACGAUCUUUUGCGAACUCUUGAUCGGAAUGGUGAACUGUCGAAGAAGCAAUAUGUAGCUGCAUUAUCAGAAAUGAUUCCAAUGAGUCGUGGUGUGAGACAAAAGCUUAUAGGAAAGGCAGAAAGUGCGGAUCAAGAACGCAUGGAAAUGGAACUGCAGAAUGCUCUUGAUUAUGGUGAUUUGGAAAAGGCAAAGGAAAUUUGGGUUGCGGGGUCGGAGUAUAUAGCUGCAUCUAAAGGGUUAUUAUUGGCUGAGAAACUAUAUUUUUCUAAAAUGAUGGAUCAGUUCAAAUCCGUUCUUUUGAAACUCAACGAACUUCAUGAAGAUCUCUCCUAUGAAGUUCUUACUGCUUACGAUUCGUCAGAUGCAUCAGAUGCGCGAAUAGUGUUCCUAAAUGAAACGAGCAAGAUACUGGAUCUGCGUUUAAAUAUUAAACAGGAGCUUUUACAUAACACACGAGUUAACGCAUUCCACAAAUUCAUUGAAAAGGGUAAUCUUAGUAAUGCUCUUGGUUUGUUAAAAAUAAUCAGUGCUCAAAAAAAUUCUGUAUUUGGUCAAUUUGAUUUAAUGGGUGCAGCAAUCGAUAGAGAUGACACAACGAUCAUUUCGGAAGUGAUUAAUUUGAUUACGAUUUAUCACGGCAAGGAAUCAUCCCUGGCUGACUUUUGUGUUGCUUUGUUAGAGCGUAAUAAAGAAGCUCAUGCAAUGCGAUUGGUAGAGAAUAGUGAUUUCCGACUUUCUGGCGCGAAGCUUAAUUAUUAUAUUGAUAGGGAAAUCGAUUUAGACCAGACAGAAGUUAUCCUUGAUUUAUUCGCAUUAUGUAUUCAUAAGGGGAAUCUGGAACAACGAGAUUUGGAAAAUGCUGUAUCCAAGAUGUUCGCUUUCUACGUUAAGCGAAAAAAUGAAGCGGUGAUUAACUUAAUUAAAGAGAGAUUAAAAGAUAUGGGUAUACGAUUGACUCCGGAAAUGAAUUCAUUAUUGUUGAAAUCGAAAGAGCAAAAUUUUGGUAUCACUGAUGAUAAAAAUAUGCUAGCUUCAUGA